AUGGGUGGAAAUGGAGAUGACUUAGAAAUUUUUACCCCGUAUAUUCAACAUUUGGAAAUAUCAGGAGAAGAUCUCAAGUGUAGGCUUGUUAAUGUGUCUUCUGUAGUUAAUGCUAAGCUCAUUUACAGCUUUGCCUGUAUCAAAGGCCUUUCAAGUACUUAUGUGGAAGACUACUGCCAUGACUAUCAUCAAGUAGUAUAUACUCUCGUCCAAGAUAAUCUUCAAAAGUUAUGUUAUGCAACUGAUCUAACAAUUGGAACUUGGUUCACACAGGUCAUGUGCACAUUGCAGUUCAAAGGGUUGCCCAUUUCAGAAUUGAAUUGCAAAUAUUUAACGUUGAUGUUGCAUAUGACAACAUUUAAUAUGUACGGAGUAGCUGGUCUUUUGAGAGCCUCACCACAUGUGGAAACAAUUAGCAUAGAAUUGGAAUAUACGCUAUUAGAUGAUUUCCCAAUCUACAAUUUCUGUUGCAAUUCUGAGUUACUUGAUUUGGCCAAAGAAGAUACUAUGGAUUUGUUGAGUGGGGUUUCAAGCGUUGAGUUUCAUAACCUCAAGAAGGUUAAGAUUGUCAUCUCCUCAGAUGUGUGCUGGAAAGAUCAUGUCAAAAGGGGAUUUGAAAAGGUUACCAAACUUUCAGAAUUUAUGUUAUUGAAUGCACCGGUAUUGGAGAAUUUCAUCAUUAUCAUAUCAAAGAGAAGAAGGAAAUAA